GCGGGAGCUAGGGGAGCCCGGGUAGGGCGGGGACGCACAGACCGGCAGGCCACAACGCAGGCGCUUGCUGGCAGUUCGGGCUCUGCGCACAGUAGCGUUCAAAUGCCGAUUUCCCGACAUUAGAGUGACUAGUUCUGCGCGAAGGCUUGGCGGUGUGCCCGGGGGUGCUGACUCCAAGCAGACCUUACAAGCCACGGACAAACUGCUGCCAAGGCGCGCAUAGGCUCGGCGCACGCGCACUUCCUGCAGCCGCUUCCAUCCGGCGGCGAAGUUGGUGCACAUGCGCACACCUACCGAAUAGGUUUCGUCUGGGAGGCGGGGCCUGCGAGGCGGAGCUGAGUUGAGCUGCCUGGGCGAUGAGGUCAUCCCUAGAGAAGUAGCAUGUGUGUCCCCGCCCCUCGACUUCCUCUCCCAAUGAGACAAGAGCUAGAGCCUGGCUAACUACGUUUUAGUCUUAACGGUUGCGGCGCGGCUCUGGCUCCGGCGCAAGCUCACACUGGUACACGCAAACGCACGCACGAGCCUGGGGCGGUGGUUGGAGUUUACAGAAGCAGUAGGUCAGGGGACCGGGCGGGCGCAGCGAUGGGUGAAGUGGAGACGCCUUCUUUCGAGAUGACCUGGAGCAGCACGACAAGCAGUGGUUAUUGCAGCCAAGAAGACUCGGACUCCGAGCUCGAACAAUACUUCACGGCGCGUACCUCGUUGGUCCGCAGGCCGCGCCGGGACCAGGAUGAGCCUGUGGAGUGGGAGACACCUGACCUUUCUCAGGCUGAGAUUGAGCAGAAAAUCAAGGAGUACAAUGGACAAAUCAACAGCAACCUCUUCAUGAGCCUGAACAAGGAUGGCUCCUACACAGGCUUCAUCAAAGUUCAGCUAAAGCUGGUGCGCCCUGUCUCAGUGCCCUCCAGCAAGAAACCACCUUCCUUACAAGAUGCCCGGCGGGGCUCAGGACGGAGCACAGCUGUGAGGCGCCGCACCUCCUUUUAUCUGCCCAAAGACACUAUCAAGCACCUGCAUGUUUUGUCACGCACAAGGGCACGUGAGGUCAUUGAGGCCCUGCUUCGAAAAUUCUUGGUGGUUGAUGAUCCCCGCAAAUUUGCACUCUUUGAACGAGCUGAGCGUCAUGGCCAAGUGUAUUUCCGGAAGCUGUCAGAUGAUGAGCAGCCCUUGAGGUUACGACUUCUCGCAGGGCCCAGUGAGAAAGCCCUGAGCUUUGUCCUGAAGGAGAAUGACUCUGGGGAGGUGAAUUGGGAUGCCUUCAGCAUGCCUGAACUACAUAACUUCCUGCGCAUCCUGCAGCGAGAGGAAGAGGAACACCUUCGUCAGAUCCUGCAGAAGUAUUCCCGUUGCCGUCAGAAGAUCCAAGAGGCCCUGCACGCCUGCCCCUUGGGGUGACCUCUUAUACCCCUGGAUAGAAGGAGGAGAGUAGGCAGUGCCAAGAGAGUGCUGUGUGAGUGUGACAGGGCCCAUGGGACCUGAGGAAUGAGUGUGCAUGGAGGCCUUCUCCUGUUGUGGGAAUGAGCCCAGAGAAUAGUGAAGGAGCUGGUCCCCUGUGUCCACCAAUGGGUGUAGCAGUGCAUGGCUUUCCAACCAUCUGUCCCUCAUGUAAUGGGUCAUGGUGGGCCAGGGCUUCCCUGGGUAGCUACUCCAGGCUUGAAGCAGGAAUGGGGCAAAGUCUCCUUAAUUCAUAUCUCAGACGUGAGAAUCUUGGAGACCCUACAAACAGAACAGGGUUGUGUUUGCAGGGGUGAGGUCCCUCAUCUAUGGGAAAAAGGUUGUUUUGGGUAUUGGAUGGAAUCUCAGGAUAGCCCUCUCAGAACCAAGGGUGGGUACUCUAGAGUAAAGAGGCAGUAAGGUAAAGUCUAGGUAUCCCUCUAUUGUGCCUUCUGACUCACACCUUCCUAAGGUCAGGGAGAGCUGGUUCAUAGUACAGAAGUAGUGCCUCAUUGCCUUCAAGGAGGAUAUCCUUGGGCCAGGCUAGGGUCUUUGUGAAUGAGGGCAAUGGGCCAGGCCCAUUCUUUGUUUGCCAAAGCCAGGGACUCUCCCUCAUAUAUUGUUGAAGAAGUGUGUGAAUGCAUGUAAUGUCUUGUGACCUCAACUGAAUGCCUCCUAUGGGGAAAGGGAUGGGGAUAACAGUCAUCACGAAGGCCUGAGGCCUGAAAGAAUUGGCUGAAUAAAGAUUUAAGAAUC